CUUCAUAAAUACGUACCUAUGACGUAUAGAAUAAUGGUCUAUGCAGUGUUUUUAAAUCAUUGAAAUAAUUUAUUCGCAGUAAUAAGUUGAAUCCUGCAAAGUUAGUUAGAUAAUUUAAUUUCUCAUAAAGUGGUAUAAUAAAAACAUCAAAAUGAAGACACGAUUUAAUACUUACGACAUAGUUUGUAUGGUGACUGAACUUCAGAGGCUUGUAGGUAUGAGAGUAAAUCAGGUGUAUGAUAUAGACAAUAGAACUUACGUGAUUCGUCUGCAGAGGUCUGAGGAAAAGAGUGUUUUAUUAUUGGAAUCAGGGAACAGAUUCCAUACAACACAAUUUGAGUGGCCAAAGAAUGUAGCACCUUCAGGGUUCACUAUGAAGCUUCGCAAACACUUGAAAAACAAACGUCUGGAACACCUCACGCAGAUGGGCAUUGAUCGUAUUGUAGAUAUGCAGUUUGGUAGCGGAGAAGCUGCAUAUCAUGUGAUACUGGAGUUGUAUGAUAGAGGAAAUAUUGUCUUAACGGACUACAAUUGGACCAUAUUGAAUGUGCUGAGGCCGCAUGUGGAAGGGGACAAAGUAAGAUUUGCAGUGAAAGAGAAAUAUCCGUUGGAAAGAGCAAAGACAAACUACGAAGCACCGAAUGAGGAGCAAUUACGUCAAAUUCUAUCGAGAAGUAAACCUGGGGAUAAUUUGAAGAAAAUACUCAAUCCUAAUUUAGAAUAUGGAUCUGCAAUAAUAGACCAUGUACUACUGGAAAAUGGUCUAACCGGUAAUAUGAAGAUAUCACAAGAUGCCAGUAAAGGGUUCUUUGUAGACAGAGAUAUAUCUAAGCUAUACACUGCUUUGAAACAGGCCGAGUUGAUGAUGGACGAGGCUAAGAGCCAAGUUGCUAAGGGCUACAUAAUUCAAAAGAAAGAGGAGCGUCCCAACCCCGAGGGUGGGGGGGACUUCUUCACGAAUCAGGAGUUCCACCCAAAGCUGUACAGUCAGCAUACAAACCAGCCCCACGCCGACUAUGAGACUUUUGAUAGAGCAGUCGAUGAAUUCUACUCGGCGUUGGAAGGGCAGAAGAUUGAUUUGAAGACGAUUCAAGUAGAGCGCGAGGCCAUGAAGAAACUUCAGAACGUGAGGAAGGACCACGAGAAGCGCAUAACCGAGCUGGAGAAGGUGCAGGUGGAGGACAAGAUGGCGGCCGAGAUGAUCGCGAGGAACGAGCCGCUCGUCGAACAGGCGAGGUUGGCGAUACAGACUGCGUUGGCUAAUCAGAUGUCCUGGGACGAUAUAAAGUUACUAGUGAAGACGGCGCAAGACAACGCCGAUCCCGUGGCGUCAUCCAUCAAGCAGCUGAAGCUGAACACGAACCACAUUAGGCUAUAUAUGUACCACGGGCGAAGCCGGGUCGAACCGGUCGGUAUUACAAUAAAACAGUUAAUCGACUCCAUUUCUGAUAAUCUGGUCUGUUUUAGUAAUAUUGAUGAAUAAGGAAAAAUCUUUAUUUCAGCACAAGCAUCCUAUAUUUUACAAGUGUAUAAUAUACCCAUAAUAUCUUCCAGCUACUAUGACCAGAAGAGGAACGCAGCGAAAAAGCAACAGAAGACCGUAGAGUCGGCCGGCAAAGCGCUGAAAAGCGCUGAGAGAAAGACGAAGCAGACGCUGAAAGAGGCACAAACGAUCAGCACCAUCAGCAAGGCGCGGAAGACGUACUGGUUCGAGAAAUUCUACUGGUUCAUAUCGUCCGAUAACUACUUGGUGAUAGCCGGCCGUGAUCAGCAGCAGAACGAGCUGCUGGUGAAGCGUUACAUGCGCACCACAGACAUAUACGUGCACGCGGAGGUCACCGGCGCGUCUUCCGUCGUGGUCAAGUGUCCGGCUGGCCCGGCUCCACCCAAGACGCUGAGCGAGGCUGGACAAGCCGCCGUGGCUUAUAGCGUAGCAUGGGAAGCAAAAGUGCUCACACGAGCCUGGUGGGUGUACGGCCACCAAGUGUCCAAAUCAGCACCAACCGGCGAAUACCUAACCACGGGAUCCUUCAUGAUACGAGGCAAGAAGAACUACCUCCUGCCAGAACACCUUCAAUUUGGGUUCAGCUUUCUCUUCCGACUAGAGGACAGCUGCAUAGAGAGGCACAGAGACGAAAGGAAAUGCAUAGCUGAUGACGCUUCAGAAAUCACAGAGAGCGAGGUGGAUCAGGAAAUUGAAGUAUCUGAUGAUUCCGACAAAGAAGAUGAUAAGAAACUAGACACGAUAGAAGAGAAAACAAAUGAAAACGCUCAAGAAGAGAGUGAUAAUGUAGAGACAAAUGUUCAAGAGUUAAAUGAUAAUGGAGGAGAGAAGUUGAAAGAAGAGAAAGAAGAAUUAAAGGAUGGCGAAUCGAAUGUUGAUAAUGAAGCACAGGAUAAGGAAUCGGAUGUGAAUGCUAGUGAUUCGGAUAGUGACAGUUCCGAAGGCGUUUUGGAUACUCAUAUAAAGGUUGACCAUGGCACAGGAAAGGUCCUAAUCGAAUCAAAAACAAGGACCAUAUCAGAGAUGUCGGAGCGAAGUGACGACACGCUACAGUCUUUCAAAUUCCCCGCGUUACCCAAAAAGGGGAAACCCCAGAAGAAAGAAAAGCCCCAAAAGGAACAGAAAGAACAGAAGAAUGGCCCCAAGCGGGGACAAAAGGGCAAGUUAAAGAAGAUAAAGGAGAAGUAUAAGGAUCAGGAUGACGAGGAUCGCGCGUUGAUGAUGGAAAUUUUGAAGCCGGACAAAGGGGCCAAAGAGUCCAAAAAGGCCCAAAAGCAAGCGGCCAAAGGUACCAAAGACAAGAAAUCGAACCGUGGGCCUAAGAUACCUGCGCCUGCGCCGCUCAUACUGGAGGCCGAGUCUGACGAUGAGCCGGAGGGGGAACAAGAGGUGGACCCCAGUGCCAACGACGCGGACACCGAGAUGCUGUGCCAACUGACUGGAUCUCCGUUCCCCGAAGAUGAACUGCUUUUCGCCGUCCCAGUGGUGGCUCCCUAUUCUUCUUUACAUAAUUACAAAUUCAAGGUGAAAUUAACGCCGGGGACGAGUAAACGGGGUAAAGCCGCUAAAACGGCAGUCCAAGUUUUUCUCCGGGACAAGGCGGCUUCGCCCCGGGAAAAGGACCUCCUCAAAGCGGUCAAGGAGGAGAACGUGGCGAGAAACUUCCCCGGGAAGGUCAAAUUGUCCGCACCGCAGUUGCAUAAGCAUAAGAAAUAGAUUUUUAGGCUAUUGAUAUAUUUUUAUUUUUUUCUUAUUUUAGUUAAUAAAUGAUAUAUAGUAACUAGCUGCACCCGGCAAACGCUGUUCUGCCUUACUCUUAUCGUUUAGUGGUAUGAA